UUGUAAACUUGCAAUUAAUAAAAUGAACAUUUUAUACGAUGAUUUAUUGUUGCUGUAAGUGGUCUUUUCAAGAUGUCAGCUUCUAGAUUGUACACGAGUCUUUUGUUACUCCUUUGCGUUUUAGGUUUUCUAGUGUCAGUUUAUGCCUAUCAUGUAGAAAUAACGAAGGAACGCGAUUCAUCUUAUAGAGCUAUGUGUGAUAUAAGUGCUAAGAUUAGUUGCUCGAAAGUAUUUACCUCAAGAUGGGGCCGUGGGUUUGGUCUUAUAGAACUAGUUGUUGGGGACCAUCAUCACUGGCUUAAUCAACCCAACUCUGUUUUUGGGAUCCUUUACUAUAUGACUCAGGUUGUGUUGGGAGUGUUUUGCCCCACAGUAACUGCUGCCACCAUGCAACUGGUGAUAUCUGUGACUGCCUGCCUUGGGUGUGUCUACCUGGCAUAUAUCCUGUAUUUUGUACUGGAGGACUUCUGUGUAGUGUGUGUGUCUUCCUAUAUAAUAAAUGCAAUCAUUCUAAUUGUGAACAUUCUGAAUCUGAAUCUUGUAAAGUCCAACUCCAGGAAAUCAGAAGGUUCCAGACGAAAAAAGGAGCAAUAAAAGCCUAUUUGAUACAUUGUACAAUAAACAUUGUCAGAAGUUCUGAUGAUAAAAAUAUAUUUAUCUAUUUCUAUUUAUGUUCAGUAAUAAAAAUUUAUUCUAAGUA